CGUAGGAGUACUAAAUAUCGCUAUUUCCAAUUCACCACACAUACACACCUAUGCUCACAUAUCACACACACCCAGACUCACCCACACAAAGCUGAGGUAACGGCAUUACAUAAGACACCAUGAUAAGCGCAGAAAUGACCCUCGCUGUAGUGGUGGUAGCACUUGCGCUCUACCUUUUGAAGCUGCAGAGCGAUAAGCCUAGCUUCCCCACCAUAACAGUCGCAGCCCCUCCCAAAUUGGUACCCGACGAGAAAACAGAGAAAGUCGAUCAGUACGACAUUACGGCCGCAGGUCCGGGCAAUAUCCUCGCGUUUGAUCCUGCCACUGGUGAUAAACUAGGAGUGUAUACCGCCAUGACCCCUGCGGACGUGCGUGACGCUGUAGCCAAAGCACGCAAGGCACAGGUGGCGUGGGCCAAGACAUCGUUCACAGAGAGGAAGCGCGUGCUGUUGGCUCUCAAUGAGUUUGUUGUGCGUGAGCAAGAGACUAUCUGCAAGGUGGCCGCUCGUGACUCUGGAAAAACCAUGGUGGAUGGGGUCUUUGGUGAGAUUUUAACCACGUGCGAGAAGAUCAGAUGGACUGUGGCCGAGGGAGAGAAAGCUCUGAAGACAGAGUAUCGGGGUGUUGGGUGGAUUAUGGCGCACAAAACGGCACGAGUUGAGUAUUCUCCUCUCGGUGUCGUAGCCGCGAUUGUCAGCUGGAACUAUCCCUUCCACAACACAUACGGUCCCAUCAUCUCAGCUUUAUUUGCAGGUAAUGCUAUCGUUCUGAAAGUGUCAGAGCAUGUGGCUUGGAGUACUCGUGAGUACUUCCAGCAUGUGAUCAAGAAUGCACUGCGGGAGUGUGGCCAUUCGGAGGAUCUGGUUCAGUUCAUCGUAGGAUAUGCGGACGCUGGCGAAGAAGUCAUUCGAAAUGUCAGUAAGGUCACCUUCAUUGGCUCGCCCGGUGUAGGUAAACUUGUGAUGAAGACAGCUUCCGAGACCCUCACACCUGUUUUGCUUGAGCUGGGCGGAAAGGACGCAGCAGUGAUCUGCGAUGACUGUGACUACGACCAAGUCCUCAAUAUCUGCAUGCGAGGCGUGUUCCAGAACUGUGGGCAGAAUUGCAUAGGACUGGAGCGACUUGUUGUGCAAGGGGGUGUGUACGACAAAUUGGUGUCGGACAUGGAGAAGAACGUAAAGGAACUGACUCAGGGUGGUGUCGCGACUGGCAACUUCGAUACUGGUGCCAUGACUAUGCAAGCUUCGCUUGAUAAGAUCCAAUCAUAUGUCGAUGAUGCGGUUUCUCACGGCGCUCGCUGUCUUGUCGGUGGUAAACCACGCCAGACUGAACACGGGCUAUUCUUUGAGCCCACCCUGUUGGUCGAUGUGACCGUGGAUAUGCGGAUCGCCAAGGAAGAAGUGUUUGGCCCUAUUAUGACUAUGAUGAAGUUCAAGGAUGAUGCCGAGGCAGUGUCUAUCGUCAACUCCACUGGGUACGGACUCGGCUCCAGUGUCUUCUCCCUCGACUACAACCGCGCGGAGGCCAUUGGCGCCCAGCUGGUGACCGGAAUGUGUAACAUCAACGAUUUCGGAGUGAACUACCUAUGUCAGUCGCUGCCAUUUGGUGGUAUCAACACUUCUGGAUUUGAUCGAUUCGCAGGUCCUGAAGGUCUUCGCGGCAACUGCGCACUACGCAGCAUCACCUCAGAUCUAGUAUCUGGAGUACGCACGUCCAUCCCGCCCCCGCUCAAGUAUCCCAUGAAUGCCGGUAGCUUUGUGUUUGCCAAAAGUCUUGUAGAACUCAUGUACGCCCCUGCGUGGAUGGACACACUCAACUCCAUCAAGGGCUUAAUUGCACCGAACCGUUACGUGGCUGCUGUAGCUGGCGAAGUUGUGUGUGAAGGGGAUGUGUGUGAGCGGAAGGAAACUGUCUCUUCUGGAGGCAACAAGUAGGAGUGUGGUGUAAAACGUGUGUAGUAUGGGCUGUCCGUAUACCUUCCGAAAUACUAUGUAUAUCCCAUAUCGUUAAGCCAUGUGAACCUCGAGGACAACUUAGCAUGGUACCUUCGACCAUGUAUUUCUGUUUGGGUUUGAGCUACCAAGACCGCAUAUCAAUGGAAUAUCAUAUUGAAAGCACGUUGAGACUCUACAUACUCUACAAUCGCAUAUCUUGAGUAUACGCAUAUAGGGCCUGGCAUUUCCAAGCCCGCUGUAUGGUGCUAACUAUAUAACGUCAGUUGAAGCAGAUGGACAUGCACACUACACAGUGCAACACAGCAAAGAUUGGUUAUUCUUUGAUAAAAUCAUUCGGAUGCCUCCCCCUAAGGCCCUGACAGAAUGACACUCUGACAGUUAGCGACAUUCUAUAUAUAAAAUGCUUAAAGAAUUAC